AUGAAUUCUAUUGACGAGCCAGACACGGAUGUUCAACAAGAUUCCGACGGAUCUGUGGGGGACCAGGCGCAAAACUCAAAUCGCUUUGCAUCUCUACAAAGUGACAAAAUAUCGUCCGACAGUAGUGGAACUCAAGAGUUCGACGAGGUUAAAGUGGUGGCGGUGCAAAAGAAUCCCUCCAAGGAGCCCGAGUCAUCGGAUGAAGAUGAAGACAAUGAUGCUGAUGACACUGAAGACAGAGGGACCAUCGUGGACGACGCAAUGGAGGAAGAUGACGAUGAUGAACAGGUCAAUAGCGAUGGGACGAAUACGCAUGAUGAGGCCAUGGACAACAACACUCCACCGUUGACUUCCCACAACCUCACAGCAACACAAGACUCAGCAGGUACAGGGAUCCUUAUGGAGCCCUCGGAAACAACCCCUCCUCGCGUUCAACGUCCACCAACACUUGCCGAACGGAUUUCUAACCUCAUUCAGGUGAGUAUGGAAGGGGUACCAGGCAAGUGUCACAUCUUCGAAACUACUUUCUCUGUGGACUAUCAAGGGUCGGAUUCAGGAACUGUGGCGGCUGCGCUCUUGUCAACAGUUCUGAAUUCUAUGGAGGAAGCAAUCAACAAUUCCCCUCAUGAAUUAAAGCUCCUUCCGAUCUCUGAUACCACAUAUAAACAACAGAAUCUUUGGAUUCGAAACUCAGUAGAUUUACGUAAUCGCCUUCCGACUUAUCGCACCUUGUUGACUUACUGUGAUAUGGAAUAUGGUAACGGUCCUUACGCGGCAACCAACAGCAAGCCGGGCGAGAAGAAACUACGCACACGCCUUUGCGUCGGCUUUUCUUCUGAGGCUUCUGUCGAGGCCGUCCAAGACUACCUUCAUACUGGACUACGUCAAUUGGGUAGAGGCGCUGGGUGCUACCCUUCUCCGUUGCAGUAUGGAGAAAUUGUGAAGAUCGGAUCAUGCUCGUUUAUUCCUGCAGAAGUUAACUUCUCAGCUUAUGCAAAGGAGCUGAUGAGACUAUUUGAUUUCGAAGUACCUAUUGGUAUCAAGAUGGAUUGGGUUUCUAUUCCGUACACGGGACAAGCAAAGUACGACAAACGGUCUCCUGGAGUGACUAGUCCACAUUGUUUCACUCGGAGGAUUCAUGCCAAGAGAGUUGAUCGCACUUUGAGGUCGAUUCUCCACCCAGCAACUGCAAAACCGGACUUUCCAUUCGCAGCACCGGCCACCCAUGUUGGUGAAAUGGGAUCUUAA